GUCUACAACGUGCUUCAAUCCAUCAAUACGGUCCGUGCCGCUCACUCGGCAGCUGCCUUGCAAUGGGACGGUGCACUCGCCUUUGACGCUCUCAACUAUGCCCAAACCUGCACAUUUGAUCACUCCACUGCUGCAGAUUACGGUGAGACACUGGCUGCUGGUACCUCCACCGAUCCUUCCUUCUACAUCUCACUCUGGGCCGGUGAAGAAGCACUCUACGACUACAACAAGCCUGGUUUCUCCACUGCAACGGGACAUUUCACGCAACUUGUUUGGAAGGGCACGACGAGUGUUGGUUGUGGCUUUUCAAGUGGGUGUGGAUCAAGUUACCCAUACUACCUUGUUUGUCGAUUCAAGACGCCCGGUAAUGUCCUUGGU